AUGAGAGUCACAACCCUAAAGGAGCCUAAACUCAGCAUGAAGCUCAUCAGUUCAAGAAAAACAAGGUUACAAAGACAAUACGGUUCAAGUGGUGAAUGUGAUAGGGAUGACCCCAGAAAACUAAAGGAUCCACAAAUCGUUCAAGCCUGUCACGAGUUGGCAGGUGACAAAUAUCAGAUAUACACUUACUACGGUGGCAAAUAUUACAAAAAUAUUUUCUGCUACAUUUGUGGAACGAUGUCGUAUCCUUUUAUAGUACCACCAGAGAACUGUGAAGGUGAUUUUAUAGAUGAUGACUUGGGUCUCUAUCGUAUGCUGGUCAAUCUUCAAGAUUCGCUACAAGAAAGAGAAAGUAACAAUGACCUCAACGUUUGCAAUAACACGAUGUGGCAAGCACCAAACGGAGAUUGUCUUCAGCUGCGAUGUUCUCCUGGCAAGACUUUAAAGAACGGAACUUGUGUGACAAUAUUUUCAGAAAUACGUGGCCUCGUGUACAGAGUGAGAGCUCUACUUUUUCCCCAAAUGUCAAACAGUGACAUCAACGAUUUGACGGCGGAAGAUAUCAUUGAUAUAGCAAUAAAACAGACGAAACACAAUCUGCGUGACAUAGCUGACAUGUACACUUACCUAUUUGGCGUUUCUCCAGUGGUAAACCUAAGUGUCUCAGAUCACCAAGUCCCUGUCCUCUGGGCAGACAUUGACAUUUUAGCCUCAAUGCAUUACACAAGAGAUGAGUUUGAGCAGAUUGCUUUAGACAUUAUCUUUAAGAACAGUCUAGAUACAGGAGGAAACAAGUUCGACUUUUACAACAUAAUACAUGAAGAUCUAUUUCUUCACUGUAGCUCCGAUGAAACUUUGAAGUUUCCAACAUUUGUUUUUCUUUCAAAAGACAUCCCACCGAAUUCUUGGAGUAUUGGAAUUGAAAACGUUAUUACCUUGUCAUGGACUCUGACAUGUCCUUAUAUCACGUUUCAACACUCUAACUUUACCAUUGAGUGGAACGAAUUAAAUGAUGUGGGGCGUAUCAAUGUGACAGUGGAUGUUAGUGGGACAAAGCUGAGCAUUUUUAACAUGUCUGAUAUCAACAGCAUGGAAGUCACUGGAAAUAAUGAAUUACAUGUCUGCACUGAAGUCUUAGAGAAAUACGUAGAUAGAUUAAGACGUUUUAAAAUGACAAGACCAAUAGUAAUAGCAAUGAAUGUUUUAACUUACGUCUGUUUGUGUGCAUCAGAGUUGUGUCUCUUGUUCACUUUAGUUACGUACCUUGGAUUUCCUGAACUUCGAACUGUGCCAGGUAUUAACAACAUGUUCCUCAGUCUCAGUCUUCUACUUGCCCAGUUGGCCUUGCUACUUGGAGACAACAUACCUGUGCCCAGUACACUCUGUACAAGUGUAGGUCUAAUCACACAUUUCUUGUGGCUAUGGCACUUCUCUUGGAGCUUCUUGUCCAGCCUCCACAUGUUUCAAGUGUUUACAGCCAAGAUACCUGUUCCAUCCCUUAAAGGUAGAAACACGUUAACUGGUGUUGUUAAAUUAACGACACUGUCAGUUCUUGUUCCAAUAGCAGUCGUGGUGGCAGUCAUCAUUUCAUCCUAUAUGACAUCCCACACUAUUGGCUAUGGUCGUCAGGCGUGUUACCUUAACACUGCGUAUCUUGUAGGUCUGUCAGUGGUGGCUCCAAUCUGUUUAGUUUCUGUGUGCAGUUUGACAUUCUUGGGGUUAACAGUUGCAAGCAUUCAUAAAGUGAAUCAGUUUUUGAGUGUACAGUCUUUGGGAAUGGACCAAUACAAAAACUGUUUACUCUAUGUGAAACUUUCUUCUGUAACUGGAGUCUACUGGGUAGUGACCAUUGUGGCAGAGCUAAUUAACAGCGAUGUUCUGUGGAUUAUUUCAAUUUUGUUGAAUGGUCUUCAAGGUGUUGCUAUAUUCGUCUCAUACAUGUGUAAUAAAAGAGUUUAUCGACUGUAUCUCUCCAAGUUUUUGUCUCAACAAACUUCAUCACUGCAAAAAACUACAAUGACCAGUGAAUGAAACUCAACAGCUACAGAGAGAUUAGAAAAUAAAAUGUUAUUAUAUUUCAUAAUAAUAAUAAUAAUAAUAAUAAUGAUAGUAAUAAUAAUAGAGAAAAUAGUUAUGAGAAGCAAGUAACUGAAUGUGACCUAAUACAUAUGUUGAUGACAACUUUUGGCUAACAUUCUAUUUUAGAGUUGGAAGGCGGUUUUUCUAGAAAUGAGAAAGCUGAUGUAUAUGUUUCGAAAAAGUAUGACUAGCUAUUUGGCAACACUGAAUAAACUAAAGUUGAUCGUUAUUAUUAUAUAAAUUAUAAGUAUGGAAAAAAAAUUAAUUAGACUAGAGGACUAGACAAUUUUUUUUCUUGAACAGACAACGUCUUCAAGAAUUUCUUCAUGUAGAUCCUAUUCAAUAAAGAGAAAUCGUCAGACAUUCAGAAACAUUUUGCGCACCGUCUUUUAAGUAUAGAUCUAUGGGACUAUCAUUCGAAUUUUAUAUACUAUUAAUAGAAUUUCAUAUAACAGGAUUUUGUUCAUGGAGUGGGGGGGGGGAUAGAAAAUUUUAGCUUUUUUAUAGAAAAUCUAUCAGUUAUUAGCUAUUAAGAGUAUAAUAUUCGCUUUCAAGAAACGGUCAUCAGCUUUAUAAAGGAGGAAUUGUGUGGUUUUGACAUGUGUUUUUUUUUGUCUAUAAUUUAUGUAGCCGGCUAAGUUUUUUAUUUUUUAUUUUUUUAUUAUGUCAUGAUUUCUGCAAAGAAAUUCUUGUCUUGAAAUGUCAAAUGUUGCUUUAGCAAAUAAAGCUUAAACUUGAAGGUCAAUUGUUUUAUAUAUCGUUUUAUAUGUGUAGAAUGUGUGUUGUAUAUGUGUUGUAUACUUUGUUGGAUGGUUGGUAAUCUAGUUGAGUUGAGUGAUGAAGGCUUUGAACAAUCUGUUUUCUUGAGAUGUAUUCUGCGAGUUCUUAUAUACAAUUCACCAACAGAACAAGUAAGUCUAGUAUAGAAUAAGCUAACACGGCGUUUUUAAAUACAACAUUUUAUUAUU